AGUAUUUUGAGUGCGCGUUGUGCAAAAAAAAAAAAUAAACAUACGUACAUACAUAUAUCGAGAAGCAAUAGCCGCAAAGCGUUGAAAUAAAUUAAUCAAUAACGCUAUGUCAACGGAAAGCAAUACCCCAGUGGAUCCAAGAGUGCAGGUUGAAUUGGAGAAACUCAAUACAGCAACAGACAAUAUCAAUAAAUAUGAAGUGGAACUUGAUGAGGCGAAAUGUGAUUUCAAGCGUAUCUUGGCCGAGAGUGACGUGCGCAUCAAGCAGGCUGCACACAAAUUGGGCAACUCGAUUGAGGCGGCGAAACCCUACUACGAGUCGCGUAUUUAUGCAGCGCAAUUGGCAAAGGAAACACAACAGGCGGCGGUCAAUUAUGAAAAGGCCAAAUCGAUACAUUGCGCUGCCAAGGAAAUGGUCUAUUUAGCCGAGCAGGGGCUGGGUGAGAAGGCGACGUUGGAUACGGCCUGCCAAGAAAUGCUCAGUCAUGCUACUACCAAAGUGAAUCAAUCACAGGUGGAGGUGACGGAUGCGCGGAAUGCAUUGAAAAUGUGUCAACUCAAAUUGGAAGUGGCUAAUAAUCGUGUGGGUAAAUUGCAGGGGCAACUGAAGCAGGCCAUACGCGCAUCGAGUUUAAGCCUUAGACGAGACUUACUUGAAAUGAACUCUUUGGUUUAUCAGCACCGUUGCAAUUAUUUACCCUUCUACGAGGCGCGCGCCAACUACAAUGGCCUGCUGAAAGCGCAGAAACAAAAGAUCAAUGAGCUGGAGAGCAAGGUGACCGAAGCGAAAAUGACUUACAACGAGGCGCUGAAGAACCUCGAGCAGAUCUCCGAAGAUAUACACCGUCAACGGCAGGUGCAGCGAGACCUACUAAACGACACGCUCCUACCCGAACUGUGCGUGGCGAAUAAAACGACCGCAGCCAUAGUGCAAAAGUAUCAAAACUUGCCAUGCGACGAGCUCGACGACGCAGCGGAAGAGUAUCUGCAAUUGCCUGCCAAACUGAGCACGCAGUCCAGUCCAGUGCAUCAGCGGCGUUUCGACGAGCACGAGUGUCCACAUUUGCUACAGGACUUUCCAACGCUCAAUCUGAGGGAGAAGAAACUCACCAGCGGCGGUAUGCACAAAUCCGCCAGUACCAACACUACCGGCGACGGCCUAUUCGUACACCACGCACAACUGCACGGCCCUUACGAGGUGAAAUCGGCUGGUGGCGGCAGUGGCAGCGGCGGUACAGGCAGUGGUAGCGCGCAUGACGCCAGCUCCAGCACUGGCGCUGAUGCGGACGAAGAUAUCGAGCAAUGGACUGAGAUACGGCUCUCGCACUCGGAGAGCACAAGCUCGAGCUACUCAAAUCAAUCGCUGCUACACGAUCAGCAAGCGACCGCUGAAGAUGCGCAAUCGCAUCACUCCUCAUCAUCCUCAUCGGAUGAGCCGAAACGUAAGGUGACAUGCACGACGAUCUUUCACGAUGAUCAACUCAACAAGAAGCAGAGUUUGAGUCAAUGGCUAUCACGUUCGAAUAGUUUGAAAAUGUCUGGACGCCGUCAAAGUCUUGAUUUGCUCAUCGAUGCGGGCGAUAAGGUGAAAGAUGUGUUUAGUUUCGGCUUUCAGAAGGUGGGGAAAACAUUGGAGCGACGCAAUAGCGAAUCUGAGAUGAACGCCGAGAAUGCGGACAAUGGUGGCGCUGCCGGCGCUGUGGGUGCUGCGAGCGGUGGCGGUGGCGGUGGCAAGACCUCCUCGGCGGGUGAUUUCUUCCUCUUCUCCAGAUCAACAGAGCCCAAAGAAUUGCUCUCCGAUGAGCAAGUCGAGAAUUUAUUAUUAAAUCCCAUACUGGAUGAGAAUGGUGUCAUAAUUGUUGAGCAGCUUAAAUCGCCAUUACAACAACCAAAUCAAUUUGGUUUGGCUGCCACUACGCCGACGUCGACGACGACAAGCACUACAACAGCGAACAGCAUAGCUACGCUGCUCUUCUAAGUGAAUUUAUGUGGAAAAAAAAAAUGAAAAAAUAAAAAAAUAAAUAAAAUAAAAUAAAAUAAAAUAAUUAAUUAAUUAGUAAUGCAUGAAAUCAGAAACACUGAACAAAUAUAUAUAGAAACUUUAACUUAGAAUUCACACAGAAACGUAGUUGAGGCAUUCAAUUUGUAUUGAGCACGGGAGAACAUGAGAAAACAUAUCAUUUAGGGCGGACUUUUAUUGUUGGUGCAAAUAAACUACGUUAAUUAUAUGCAUACAUACAUACAUAUAUGCAUACUUACAUACAUGCGUAUGUAAUGCAAAA